UCGAUCUACUCCUCCAAUUCCGAUCCCCUCUCCCACGAAUCCCCGCAGGUUCUUCCCCUUCUCCCAUCGAUCCCAGCAGUACUGGACGUCCGAUAUAUCUUCUCCGGAGACCAAUCGCUCCAUCGGCAGCGGCGGCGACGAGGAUGCGAGCCACCGUGGCGGCGGCGGCGGCGGGCUUGCAGUUCUUCACAGAUGGGAGAGGCGCCCCCGGAUGCGGCGGCAGGGUUCGGCUGGGAACCAGGAGAUCGUCCAGCUGGGCAGGUCGACGAUAUUCAGUGGAAGCUUUUGCAGGCCAAUGCCAAAGUGCUACUACCACGAUGAACAAAUUCAGCGCCACUUCACAAGCUACUAGCACUACAAGAAACACAUGGGGGCAACGCAGAGAUGAUCAUCCGGGACUCCAAGUUGGAUGCGGGGCGAUUUCUCGUGAUCAGCAUGGUUCCAACGCCAACCGGCUGUUUGAGGAAAUUGGCGAAGAGGUUACGAAGAAAUUGCGCGCUUUCUAUGAGUUCUGCAGGCCGCACACCAUUUUCGGCACUAUAAUAGGCAUAAGUUCAGUGUCUCUCCUGCCAAUGAGGAGCCUUGAUGAUUUUACUAUGACGGUAUUACGGGGAUAUCUCGAGGCUUUGGCUGCUGCUUUAUGUAUGAACAUUUAUGUAGUAGGGCUGAAUCAGCUAUUUGACAUUCAGAUUGAUAAGAUCAAUAAGCCAGGCCUUCCAUUGGCAUCCGGGGAGUUUUCAGUUGCAACUGGAGUUGUAAUAGUACUCUCAUCCUUGAUCAUGAGCUUUAGCAUUGGGACACGCUCUGGAUCAGCGCCAUUGAUGUGUGCUUUGCUUGUCAGCUUCCUUCUUGGAAGUGCAUACUCCAUUGAAGCUCCACUACUCCGGUGGAAACGGCGUGCUCUCCUUGCUGCAUCAUGCAUCUUGUUUGUGAGGGCUAUCUUGGUUCAGUUGGCUUUCUUUGCACACAUGCAGCAACAUGUUCUGAAGAGGCCCUUGGCACCAACAAAGUCACUGGUCUUUGCAACAUUGUUCAUGUGUUGCUUCGCUGUAGUCAUAGCUCUAUUCAAGGAUAUUCCGGAUGUUGAUGGAGACAGAGAUUUUGGCAUCCAAUCCUUGAGUGUGAGAUUGGGCCCACAGAGAGUGUACCAGCUCUGCAUAAACACACUCCUGACAGCCUAUGGGGCUGCCAUUAUGAUAGGAGCAUCAUCCACAAACCUAUUUCAAAAGAUCAUCAUUGUGUUCGGUCACGGCUUGCUUGCUUUGACACUCAGGCAGAGAGCACGGCAAUUCGACGUUGAAAACCAGGCGCGUGUCACAGCAUUUUACAUGUUCAUUUGGAAGCUAUUCUAUGCAGAGUAUUUCCUUAUACCAUUUGUGCAAUGAGCAUUGUACAAGGACCAGCAGUUGUGAACUAUAGACAUGUAAAACAAAUUAUGUGGGGGCCUAGCUAAUUCUGAUUAUACUCUAUCUGAUGUUUUGAUUGUA